AUGCAUAAGAAUAUAUUUUUUUCUAGCUUUGAAAAAGAUUGCAAGUUCAGCAAAGAAGCUGUUGUUGGUAUAGACGAGGCAGGAAGAGGUUCAGUAAUGGGAUAUAUGGUAUAUGGUGCCUUGAUAAUGCCAAAAGACUUUUCUGAAACAGAUGGAUUCAAGGACUCCAAAAAACUAUCUCCCUCAAUACGAACCCGGUUGUUUGAGAAUAUACAUAAGCACACAGAGCUUGAAUAUAUUUAUCAUUGUAAUCAUCCAGACUACAUAUCAGAUCAGAUGUUCAGUGGAGACAAAAACCUAAAUGAAAUCUCAUUUGACUCAAUUGUAAAAAUACUAGAUGAAAUAAAGAAAAGAUGUAAGACUGUCAAUACAGUUUAUAUAGAUGCACUAGGUGAUUGUAAAGAAUGUGCAGACAAGCUUGGAAAGCUGUAUCCUUAUAACUUUGUUAUCAAGGAAAAGGCAGAUGCAACAUUUAAGGUUGUUUCCGGCGCCAGUAUUAUUGCAAAGGUAAAGAGGGAUUUGAUGAUGCUAGAGUUUGGAGAAAAUGUCGGAUCGGGAUAUCCUGCUGAUCCAGAUACUAUAAAAUGGCUCAAGAAAAACAUGAACAAGGUUUUUGGAUUUCCAGCUGGUGUCAGAUACUCAUGGGCAACCAUCAAGAGAAUGCUUGGCGAAAGAAAGUCGUUGCCUCUUAAAGGCCCUUUGAUUGGAUUCUACACCAAUAAUUUAUGA